CGUCGUUACAUUAUGUAUACAAGCAAUUGAAGGACGCUAUUCAGAAUUAUACAUUUAUAUAUGUAUUUAUAUAUUUUAAUCGACUGAUUGACACGAUGCUCAACGCCUGACACAGAUUCCGCACGUGACCGUGUAAUUAAUAAUAAACACCUGUCCGAGGAGGAAUCAGUCUGAUGAGGGCCCGCCUCCAGCUGUCAGGAUGCAGCAGAACAGGAACAUCCAGAUCAUCGAGUGGGAGGACCUGGACAAGAGGAAGUUCUACUCCUUCGGGGUGUUCAUGACGAUGACCAUCCGGGCCACCGUCUACCCGGCCACGCUCAUCCGCACCCGGCUGCAGGUGCAGCGGGGCCAAUCCCUCUACGGCGGCACCUUCGACGCCUUCUUCAAGAUCGUGCGGGCGGAGGGCGUCCGCGGCCUGUACCGCGGCUUCAUGGUCAACACCUUGACGCUCAUCUCGGGCCAGGCGUACAUCACCACCUACGAGCUGGUGAGGAAGUACACGUCCCGGUACUCCGACAACAACACGGUCAAGUCGCUGGUGGCGGGCGGCGCCGCCUCCCUGGUGGCCCAGAGCGUCACGGUGCCCGUCGACGUCGUCUCCCAGCAGCAAAUGAUGCAGGGCCUCAAGGGCGCGGAGCACCUCACGCGCUUCCAACUCCACCCCGACGCCGGGAAGUCCAAGAAGUUCUUCGGCCAAACCAGGAACAUCAUGGCUCAGAUUUUUGCCGCCGACGGUCUCCGUGGCUUCUACAGGGGAUACGUCGCGUCUCUGCUCACCUACAUCCCAAACAGCGCCGUCUGGUGGCCUUUCUAUCAUUUUUAUGCAGAGCAACUCUCUAAGCUGGCUCCCAGUGACUGCCCACAUCUCCUCCUACAAGCCAUAGCCGGACCUCUGGCGGCGGCGACCGCCUCCACCGUCACCAACCCCAUGGACGUGGUCCGGGCCCGAGUUCAGGUGGAAGGCCGGUCCUCCGUCGUGGAGACCUUCAGGCAGCUCCUGGCGGAGGAGGGCUGCUGGGGUCUGACCAAAGGACUGUCGGCGCGCAUCAUCUCCUCCACGCCCACCGCCGUCGUCAUGGUGGUCGGCUACGAGACGCUGAAGAAGCUGAGCCUGAGGCCGGAGCUGCUGGACUCCAGACACUGGUAGACCAGGUAGACCAGGUAGACCAGCACGUGGAGACACUGGUAGACCAGGUAGACCAGCACGUGGAGACACUGGUAGACCAGGUAGACCAGGUAGACCAGCACGUGGACCAUGUUUCAGCCCCGGAGUCGAGACUUCCUGUCAAACCACUGGAUUAAAAAGAGGUUUUAUUUAAAAUACCGAGUCACGGGUACAAUCCGGAAUCAGGCCACCGAGACACGGAACACCGUCGCGGCCGACCCGGGUUAAACCCGACGCUCUAGCCCGGUUGCCGUGGAUACGAGUGGACUUGAUGCUUGUAUGACGCAUUCACAUCCGCAGUAAACAAACCGUAACUGCUGUCGAUCUCCUCUUCUUUUAAAAAUCUGAACAAUCUGCUUUUUGUUUUUUAACGUGUGAAAGGAGAAGAAAGAAAUAAUUCAUCAUGUUUAUCAUCUCUGCGUCGUUGGUAUUUAUUUUAUUGACCCUUCGCUAAGUCCGGCCCCUCCAGCGCCGAUUGGCCAAUCCUAGCUCAUCAUUAUCACGUUUUAAUGAUUGUAAAAGUGGAUGAAGGGGAACAUCGUUCUUUAUCUUCAUCGUCUGGAUCUCCAGGAGAUGUCGUACUUCACUUUAACUUCCGUCUUUAUCUUUUUAGCCUCAUUUAAAAUGAUGACUCAGUUUCACAGCCUGUAUAUUUUCUUUUCUCUGCCUCCUUCCCCCAAAAGUUAGAUAUGUAUUCAGGAAGUGCGGUUAGUGACAGUGUGGGCUCCAUGGUAAUGCAGCUCUGAGGGGGGCGGGGCUUCGCGACAGGGUCAAUAAACUGUUGGAGUGUACACUGCACAGACAGUCAAAAUAAACACGUACGGGACAAUAUUUAAUCCUCAUUCGUGUAACAUACUUGUGUGCUGUGGAAAAUAUUUCAGUGAUUUAAAACUGGUGAUUAAAUGAAUUUAGGAGCAAAGCGCACGCCGUUUCCCUCUAGUGGCGGUAACCGGUAAGACUUGUGAUCUGUGUAAAUAAUGGUCGUCAGGGGACGAGUCAUAGCUAAUCUAUUUUCUGUUUGAGGAUUAUGACCACAGGAGUCAGUGUCUAAGAGUUUUAUUCCUUUUGUUUGAUGGAUUUGAGUUUUGUUGCUUUUGUAACAAAAAUUUGGAGAAAAAUGUGAAAAUAAAAUUGUAUUAAGUUUAAAAAUGA